AUGUCUAAUAGAUUGCUUCUGUUCUUGUUCAUCUCUUCUUUUCAUCUAAUAUCUUCAUCAGAAGAUACAAGCUUUAUCUUCAACGGCUUUACAAAAGCAAACCUUUCUCUUGGUGGCUCUUCUACAUUGCUUCCCAAUGGAUUAUUGAAGCUUGUCAAUGACUCGCAGCAUCAAAAGGGUCAUGCUUUCAUCAAGAAACCAAUCGUCUUCAGCUCCUCAAAACCACUCUCGUUCUCAACACACUUCGUCUGUGCUCUCGUGCCUAAGCCAGGAUUUCAAAGCGGCCAUGGCAUUACCUUUGUGAUAUCUCCUUCUGAGGAUCUCACAUUGGCUCAACCAGCUCGGUUCUUGGGGAUCUUCAACGCCUCAACAAAUGGAGAUGACUCUUUUCAGCUGUUUGCUGUUGAGCUCGACACUGUUAAAAACUUAGACUUCGGUGAGACGAGCAAUAAUCACGUUGGGAUCGAUGUGAACAGUCCCAUUUCAGUCGAAUCAGCGCCAGCUUCUUACUUUUCAAGAAAAGAACAGAGGAAUGUGAGACUAAACCUCUCUAGUGGAGAUCCUAUACAGGUCUGGAUUGAUUACAAGGGAACUUUACUCAAUGUUUCUGUGGCUCCUCUUGAAGCUGAGAAGCCAAGUCGUCCUCUUUUGUCAAGAUCCAUCAAUCUCUCAGAAGUGUUUCGAAGUGAAAACCUGUUCGUUGGGUUCUCUGCAGCAACAGGGACAGCGAUAAGCUACCAUUAUCUUCUUGGAUGGAGUUUCAGCACAAGAAGUGAAUCAUUACAGCUACUUGACAUCUCAAAGCUUCCUAGAGUUCCUCGGCUUAGUGUUGAGCAUAAAAAAGUGAAACAAUAUGGUCUGUUUAUAGCUCCGGUCGUUGUUCUUGGUAUCAUAGUAAUAGCUGUUCUUGCAGGAGUUUAUUACAAGAGGAAGAAGAAGUAUGCAGAAGUAAAAGAGCCAUGGGAAAAGGAAUAUGGCACACAUCGCUUCUCUUACAAGUCUUUAUACAUAGCAACAAAAGGGUUUCACAAAGAUGGGUUUCUUGGAAGAGGAGGUUUUGGAGUAGUGUACAGAGGAGAUCUUCCUUCAAACAAACCUAUAGCUGUGAAGAGAGUGUCUCAUCAUGGUGAGGAAGGUAUGAAGCAAUUUGUAGCUGAAGUGGUGAGCAUGAGAAGUCUAAAACAUAGGAAUCUUGUUCCACUUCUUGGGUAUUGCAGAAGAAAAGGAGAGCUUUUACUUGUGUCUGAGUACAUGCCUAAUGGGAGUCUUGACCAGCAUUUGUUUGAUGAAAAGCAAAGUCUUGAUCUUUCUUGGUCAACACGUCUUGUGAUUCUCAAAGGCAUAGCGUCUGCUCUGUUUUAUCUUCAUACUGGAGCUGAACAAGUCGUUCUUCACAGAGAUAUCAAAGCUUCUAACGUUAUGUUAGACGCUGAGUUAAACGGAAGGUUAGGUGAUUUUGGUAUGGCUAGGUUUCAUGACCAUGGAGGCAACGCAGCUACAACAGCAGCGGUUGGGACUGUUGGUUACAUGGCGCCAGAGCUAAUAACAAUGGGAGCUUCUACUGUGACCGAUGUUUAUGCGUUUGGUGUGUUCUUGCUUGAAGUAGCUUGUGGGAGGAAGCCUGUGGAGUUUGGGAUGGAUGCUGAGAAACGAUAUCUGAUCAAAUGGGUUUGCGAGUGUUGGAAGAAAGAUUCUUUGCUUGACGCUAAAGAUUCAAGAUUUGGAGGAGAGUUCGUGUCUGAAGAAGUCGAGUUGGUUAUGAAACUUGGGUUGCUGUGUACUAACAUAGUGCCGGAAUCGAGACCGACGAUGGAACAAGUGGUUCUUUACUUAAACGAGAACCUGGCGUUGCCGGAGUUUUCACCGUAUACAAUUGGGAUUGGAGCUUUUAGUCCUGUAGUGGUUGAUGCAGCUUCGCUCACAGUGUCGUGUACUGCAAGGAACUGGUCAGCUCCUUCGGUUUCUUCUUCAUCAGCUAACAACUCAAAGGAUUAUGAACAAAUGUUGGAAGCUAAGAACUCUGUUAAAAUAGUUGCGGAAUCAGAAGACAUUGAGUCUCGUCUCUCCAAGCCAUACAGUGGCAGUAUUUGUUCGAUUCUUCCGGUGACAGAGAAGAACGCCGCCAACAAAGCUCCGAUCUGUACAGCUUAUAGUUUCCCGGUCAACAAGAAACCGGGUUUGUCUACAAUGGCUUCGAUCAAGCAGACCUUUAUGUUGAUGGGCUCGCCAGAAUCCUUCCUGGUGGGCUUUUGCAGUUGA